UGCUUUCUAUUAAAACCUAAGAAUAAUCAUAUCAAAUGGAUUACAUUUCUCCCCAGACAUACAACUCAAACUCUCUAUUCCUCUCUUUAGCUUUAAGCCCCCUAAAGAAAAGAUAAGAGCUUUAAGUUUUUUUUUUUACCUUCUCUACAUGGACUUGACUGGACUUAAAUGGCUGCAACAACAACAACAAAUGGUUUCACCUGAGUUUCUUCAGAUGCUUGGCUCAGAUGGGAGAGAAGAGCUCAGAAGGGUUGAGACUUAUUUGGGAAAAAAUAUUUUUGAUACUAUUGAUGGCUGCAUCUCCAGGACAAGUAGCUUCCAAACGGAACCAGUGAAGAACAAUGAAGAAAACAGAGCCGUUGCCUUGCUGAACAAGAGAAAAUCUGAGGGCAAGACAGAAACAAGAGAGAAGAAGAAGAAGAAGAUCAAAGCAGAGGAUGAAACAGAGUCAAGCAUGAAAGGAAAAUCAAACAUGAGCAACACAGAGACAUCCUCAGACAUUCACAAACAAGAUUACAUCCAUGUGAGAGCUAGAAGAGGUGAAGCCACUGACAGACAUAGCUUAGCAGAAAGGGCAAGGAGAGAAAAGAUAAGCAAGAAGAUGAAAUGUCUUCAAGACAUUGUUCCUGGAUGCAACAAAGUUACUGGUAAAGCCGGUAUGCUUGAUGAGAUCAUCAACUAUGUCCAGUCUCUGCAACAACAAGUCGAGUUCUUGUCCAUGAAACUCUCUGUUUUAAAUCCACAGCUUGAGUUUCAUAUCAAUGAAUUAUCCAUGAUGGCGGAUCUAAGGUCUUUUCCAUUACACCAGCAAGGAUCUCUAGAUUACUCAGUCAUGAACUCAAACCAAACCACAUCUCUCGUCGUUAAAAAUGAUGCAUUUUCAAGCUGGGAUAUUCACUCACAGUGUCCUUACAACAACUUGCGAACCGAUCCUGUUUCAAAUUUCUUCAGCCUCAAGUAAAGAAGUUAGGGAUAAGGGUCAUUGAAAAGUCUGCAAGUUUUAUUUCUCUCAUCAUUCGCUUUGUUAUUAGAAAUAUGAACCAGAAAGACAGAGGAAACCAUUUUUAAUUAUUUAAUUUUACAAAAUUUUGCAAACUA